CCCGGCCCUCCCCGGCUGCUGCUCCCCGGCGGAGGCAAGAGGUGGUUGGGGGGACCAUGGCUGACGUUUUCCCGGCCAACGACUCCACGGCGUCUCAGGACGUGGCCAACCGCUUCGCCCGCAAAGGGGCGCUGAGACAGAAGAACGUGCACGAAGUGAAGGACCACAAAUUCAUCGCCCGCUUCUUCAAGCAGCCCACCUUCUGCAGCCACUGCACCGACUUCAUCUGGGGUUUUGGGAAACAAGGCUUCCAGUGCCAAGUUUGCUGCUUUGUGGUUCAUAAGAGGUGCCAUGAAUUUGUUACUUUUUCUUGUCCGGGUGCGGAUAAGGGACCUGACACUGAUGACCCCAGGAGCAAGCACAAGUUUAAAAUCCACACGUAUGGAAGCCCCACCUUCUGUGAUCACUGUGGGUCCUUGCUGUACGGACUUAUCCAUCAAGGGAUGAAAUGUGACACCUGUGAUAUGAACGUGCACAAGCAGUGUGUGAUAAACGUCCCCAGCCUCUGCGGGAUGGACCACACAGAGAAGAGAGGGCGGAUCUACCUGAAGGCUGAGGUCACCGAUGAAAAGCUCCGUGUCAUAGUACGAGAUGCAAAAAAUCUAAUUCCUAUGGAUCCAAAUGGGCUUUCAGAUCCUUACGUGAAGCUGAAACUUAUUCCUGAUCCCAAGAAUGAAAGCAAACAGAAAACCAAAACCAUCCGCUCCACGCUAAACCCCCAGUGGAAUGAGUCCUUUACCUUCAAAUUAAAACCUUCAGAUAAAGACAGACGACUGUCCGUAGAAAUCUGGGACUGGGAUCGAACAACAAGGAAUGACUUCAUGGGAUCCCUUUCCUUUGGAGUUUCGGAGCUGAUGAAGAUGCCAGCCAGUGGAUGGUACAAGUUGCUCAACCAGGAAGAAGGUGAGUACUACAAUGUACCCAUUCCAGAAGGGGAUGAAGAAGGAAACAUGGAGCUCAGGCAGAAAUUCGAGAAAGCCAAGCUUGGCCCUGCUGGUAACAAAGUAAUCAGUCCUUCAGAAGACAGGAGACAGCCUUCCAACAACCUUGACAGAGUGAAACUCACCGACUUCAACUUCCUCAUGGUGCUGGGGAAGGGCAGUUUUGGGAAGGUGAUGCUCGCUGACAGGAAGGGAACAGAAGAGCUGUACGCUAUCAAAAUCCUGAAGAAGGACGUGGUGAUUCAAGACGACGACGUGGAGUGCACCAUGGUGGAAAAGCGAGUCCUGGCCCUGCUUGACAAGCCCCCGUUCCUGACGCAGUUACACUCCUGCUUCCAGACGGUGGAUCGACUGUACUUCGUCAUGGAAUAUGUCAAUGGCGGAGACCUCAUGUACCACAUUCAGCAAGUAGGAAAAUUUAAGGAACCACAAGCAGUAUUCUAUGCGGCAGAGAUUUCCAUUGGAUUGUUCUUUCUUCAUAAAAGAGGAAUCAUUUAUAGGGAUCUGAAGUUAGAUAAUGUCAUGCUGGAUUCGGAAGGACACAUCAAGAUUGCUGAUUUUGGGAUGUGCAAGGAACACAUGAUGGAUGGAGUCACGACCAGGACCUUCUGUGGGACUCCAGAUUACAUUGCCCCGGAGAUAAUCGCUUAUCAGCCAUAUGGGAAAUCCGUGGACUGGUGGGCCUAUGGCGUCCUAUUGUAUGAAAUGCUGGCUGGGCAGCCCCCAUUUGAUGGCGAAGAUGAAGAUGAACUGUUUCAGUCCAUAAUGGAGCACAACGUUUCUUAUCCCAAAUCAUUGUCCAAGGAGGCUGUUUCCAUCUGCAAAGGACUGAUGACCAAACACCCCGGCAAGCGGCUGGGCUGUGGGCCCGAGGGCGAGAGGGACGUGCGAGAACACGCCUUCUUCCGGAGGAUCGACUGGGAGAAACUGGAGAACAGGGAGAUCCAGCCACCGUUCAAGCCCAAAGUGACUUUCUGUACCAAAAUGCACUGGCUUCAGUGGGCAUCCAAGCCUUCGUGUGGCAAAGGAGCAGAAAACUUCGACAAGUUCUUCACACGAGGGCAGCCCGUGUUAACGCCACCUGACCAGCUGGUCAUUGCUAACAUAGAUCAGUCUGAUUUUGAAGGGUUCUCGUAUGUCAACCCCCAGUUUUUGCACCCCAUCUUACAGAGCGCAGUAUGAAACUCAACAAGGAGAACAAACGCCUCCCCAUCCCCCAGCGCCCCUGUCCCCAGCCAUGGGAAAUGAUCCUUAACCCUAAAAUUUUAAGGCCACUGCCUUGUUUCUUGUUCCAGAUGGAGGCCUGAAAAUUGUAGGGUUAUUAGUCCAAAUGUGAUCAGCUGUUCAGGGUCUCUCUUACAACCAAGAACAUUAUCUUAGUGGAAGAUGAUAUAAUGUAUAGUGUCCAGUUAAAUGAUGUAGAGUCACCUCUGGCUGUAGGUUAACCCUUCCUCAAAAACAGACAGACUUUUGCCCACUUUUUUGGUACGAUUUGAUAUAUUUUCCAUACCCUCUGUCGAUUUUCACCAUUGAGAUCCCUCAACCAGAAUGAUAAAGUGAACCUGCCCCAGUUCUGUGGGCUGGAGACAUCUCCCCGCAAGAUGUCUUUGGAAUGAAAGA